GAAAAAAACCCAGCUUCGUUAACACUCACGUCCACCGGGUGUGGCACCAUGGGGGUCGCCAUUCCCUGCGGAAUCCCCUCCAGCCUCAAUAGCCUCCGGCUCCCCGGUGCUUCCUAUACUAGGACACCGACCGCUACCCUCCUCCCUACACGCUUCCACGAUGCCUCCAAAGGCCCCAUCUGCCUCCCCACGAAGGUCAUCGCCUGCAUCAAGCGUCCCAAGGCCGCUUGCCAAGUGGGCUGCUCAUUCGAGGGGUUUACCGGCAUGCCCGUUGGGGUCUCCACGCGUUGCAACGUUGAGGGGGCGUGGUGCGCGGGCGUGGUUGUUCUGGGCUGUGGGCCGCAAGUGUGCGCUGGUCUAUUGGGCGGGGAGGGUAUGUGCAAGGCAUUGGAGGGCAAGCUGCUCACUAGUAUUACUACUGGGGUUAAGAUUGCUGCGCUGGAUCAAGUGGUGCCUGGUACUACUAGGGUGGUUAGGGCUAUGCCAAAUACUGGAGUAUGGUAUCGCUUCAAAGGUACGAUUGUCACUAAUUACCCUUUGGAGGGCAAUUUCUGUUUUUUCUGGGAGGGUCAGUGUAUCAAGGGGGGAUAUAUUCGCGAAAUCGUGAGCGUAAUCGCGAUGGGGGGCCACAUUCCCACGGCAAAAAAGUAUCUAGUUUCCUGCAUACCGGUACUCUCGCAGAUCGGCUGCUCGUUGGUGCUCGGUUAGGAUCUCAGCGAUGUUUACACCACCAUGUGCAGAUCUGAUCCUGCUUUCUACGCUCUUAAUGUGGAGGUCAUGGGUGAUGGAGGGGCUGUGAUCGGAUUCCCGAGGGCGGAGGUGCAGGUGAUGGCUGGUAGACUUAGACAUUGCCGUCUCGAUUCCCUCUUGAUUCGCUUGUUUAUUUUCUGAUGUGGUUGGGUGUGUGGGGGUGUAUUGUGUGUAUGGAGGGUGCCUGUAGAAGGGCUUUGGUUGGCCAACAUCCGGCAAUUAUCCGGGAGCGGGUUUCCUCUGCAGCAGGCUGCAACAGCUAUGGCUUACUCAUCUUAGAAGCUGGAAUGGUUUGCUUGACCAUUGUUAGAACGGUCCACGAUGCUUCCAAUAUGGCCACUGGACUCGGUAAUAAG